AUGCCAGCAGACGACAGGCAAAAGAAUGCGCGCGAGACGCUUGAUACGUUGAACGACCUCUCGCAGCUCCUCCAGACUGGGCUCGACAAGCAGACAUUGUCCAUCUGCGUCGGCAUGCUCGAGGCGGGCGCGAACCCCGACACGCUGGCGGCUGUCAUCAAGGAGCUGCGCAAGGAGAAGGACUAG